AUGCUAACGAGGGCGGCGGUGGCGAUCGCCAUCUCCCUGGUGGCCGUCGUCGCCAAAGCAGAGGAGGGCGAAGUAGAACCAGCGGGGUUCCUGCCGAAGAUGACGACGGUGACGAUCACCAACAGGCUGGAGAGCCAGGCGGAGCUGACGGUGCAUUGCAAGUCCAAGGACGACGACAUCGGGGUCAAGGUGCUGAGUUACAACCAGGAGUUCGGGUUUCACUUCAGGGCGAACAUAUUUUUCACGACUCGGUUCUACUGCUCGUUCGAGUGGCCGGACGGCGGCGGGAUCCACUGGUUCGAUAUUUACAAGCAAAAUAGGGAUUAUUCGGUUUGCAAGGACUGUCAGUGGAUUGUGAAAUCGCUUAGUCCAUGUAGGUUUAAUGAUGUGACUAAAGCUUAUGACGUCUGCUAUGAAUGGAACAAAUCAAAAGUCUGA